AAUAAACGGAAACAAUUAUCGUCAUUACUGCUACAUAAAACAACAAGAACAGUUUCAGAUAAUUUCUCUAUACUUAGAUAAGAUAGCUGGAUAGACACAAGACAGCUGUGGAGACACCAGUUUACGUUUUAUGGGAGGCGUUAGAGAAAGAUUGUCCCUAGUCGGCCACUAUAGCUCCGUAAUGCUAUGAGGAAGUAAGAAUAAUUUCAUUCAUUUCUCUCUUGUCAUUAAUUGCUUCGUUUGAAAAUGCGUAGAAGACCCGAAGCUCAGACAACUACCGGUGACUCUGCCAGCGCCGAUAAGAAGGAUCCUGAACCAAGAGUGCAAAGCCAAGCUGAAUCUAAGAGCAGAUCAUCUUACAGCUCUGUGCUCAUAAACAUUGGAAAGUGUUUAUUUUUAAUCAUCAUCAUUCCCCCGUUCCUCAACUAUGCAUCUCUGCAGAGAGAAGGACAGAUGCUUUACCCUAAAGGGGGUCAUAUGAUUGAUGUUGGUUUAGGUCAGAAGAUGCAUCUUCUGUGUAAAGGACAAGGAAGCCCAGUCGUUAUACUGGACACACCGACUGGAAUGUCUUCAGAUGUUUGGCUUCAUGUCCAGGACAGUGUUUCCUCCCAGACAACGGUGUGUACCUAUGACAGAGUAGGAUUGGGCUUCAGCAAGCGGAUGAUGCAGAACGAAACCACAGGAACCGAGAAAGUCUGGCAGAUGUCCACAACAGGACGGAUGGUGGAUGAUCUGCACCGACUCCUUCAGGCUGCAGGGUUGGCCGCGCCCUUCAUCCUGGUGGGCUCUGAGCUCGGUACAUUCAACGGCAGGUUCUUCAGCCACAUUCAUGAUGUGCAAGUGUCCGACCUUGUGCUGAUUGAUCCAAUCCCAGAGGACGUUUUUGAAGAGGGCCAGUGGAAAGAGUACUGGUAUGGCAAGCUGCUGCCAUCACUCCAGGCCAGGCAGUUCUCAGCAGCUACAGGACUGAGCCGCAUGCUGCUCAUCAUGGGGCUGAUUGAACCAACAAUAAAAGGCGAAAAUGUCUCAGAGGAAGUCAUCCAACGGCAGAAGUACCUACUCAGUAACCCCGCCCACCUGAGCAGUGCUGUAGAUGAGCACUACUUUAUGAAUGAAAGUGCAACUCAAGUGAGGGAUAUCACAAAGUUUAAACCUCUCUCCAGCAAGAUAUCAGUGAGCAUGCUCACUGGGGAUUCCUUUGAUGAGCAAAUGCCAGAACACUUAAACCAAAUGGUGGCUAAACUUCAAAAGAGGUUUCUGAAGGAAUGCUACCCAUCAGCCAAUCACAUUCACAUAAAAGGAGCAGACCGGCGAAUGAUCUACAAGAAGCCAUCUGCCAUCAGCCAGCACCUGAGGAAGCUCGUCAACCAGCGACAAGCCAGACAGCAGAGCGAGUGACCCGUGGCCAAAAUGGAAGCCAGGGCCGAGAAACACCUGAAUAUGUUUUAAAUAUUCAAUCAAAUGUUCAAGUUUUGGUCGAGGUGGUCUAUUUUUUUCUGCAAAGGUUCAUCAAGAAGUCAAUUUCAGGACAUUUUUUUUGCACGGCUCUGCUUCGUUGGGAGCUUUUUAAUUGAAGAUAACUUGGGGGUAUUCAGUGUGAUGAAAUAUUUUCUGUCUUAGAUUCAUCUUAUCUUUCAAGUUGUUAUUUCAGGCUCCUCACCUGAUUGGCCAGUGCCAAAAAAUUAAUACAAUAUUCCUUAUCAUUGUAAAAGGCCACACACACUCACACGUCACUGCUCAACUCAAUACUUUUAUCUCAGUCUUAAUAUUCUGCCACAAGCGAAGGUACGUUCACUUCUUCGUGCUUCAUUGCAUCAGAUUCAUUUGUUAGUUGCAUAAAAUUGAGUUACAUCACAACAAGAAGUGAACAGUUACUGUUUAACUUUUAGAAACUGCAAACAAAUUAUCUAAUCUGUUAUUUUUUUUUUAAAUAAAUGUUGUAUUUUUGGGUUAAAUAAAGACCAGAGACCACCA